AAAUUGUAAACAAAAGGGUGAAUAACCGCAAGGACGUUUUAUUUUCGCAUUUACUGCACGAAGAAGGUCUUGACAGUGAUAUAAAAAGAGCGAAGAGUGAUAAGUAAUGUUAUCUCCUGGAAGAAUAUUCACCAAAAGCCGAUCAAUCUCUCUUAUCGCCAGGGCAUUCUGCUAUAAGCCCAUCAAGAGACCUCAGUACAAAGAUUCGCCCCAGAAGAAGCCUCAGAGGGAGUUCCCAAAGCUGGAUGUGCCUCUGGCUAAGACGAUAGCAGCUCGGAUUAAAGCCACAGGGCCAAUAACAGUGGCCAGCUACAUGAAGGAGAUCCUCACGAACCCCAGUGGAGGCUACUACAUGACCAAGGAUGUCUUUGGGCGGGAAGGAGACUUCAUAACAUCUCCGGAAGUGGGCCAGAUCUUCGGAGAAUUGGUGGCUGUUUGGAUAUAUACAGAGUGGCAAAAGACUGGCUCGCCGAAGCCUUUUCAGCUUGUCGAACUGGGACCGGGCAGAGGAACUCUGAUGCAAGACGUUCUCAGAGUGCUCACUCAGAUGAAUCUGUCUUCCUCAGACCUCUCGGUGCAUCUGGUGGAGAUCAGUCCCUACAUGUGCCAAGCACAGGCCAAUAGACUCUGCGUCAGUCACGAUGAAGUCACUGAUCCAGAGUCCAAAUACCACUAUGCUGGAGAGAUGGUCUCCGGAGUGAAGGUUUUCUGGUACAGGAGCAUUGAAGACGUUCCUAGAAAUUUCUCCAUCAUCUUUGCUCAUGAAUUCUUCGAUGCUCUGCCUGUACACAAGCUGGAGCGGAAAGACAAUAUCUGGCGAGAAGUUCUGGUGGAUGUGAAUGGCGAGAAGGAAGACGCUUUCAAGUUUGUCAUGUCCAGAGGAGAGACGCCUGCUUCGAAACUUUACUCUCAACUGUCUUCUGAAUUUGAAGACGCCAGAGAUCACGUAGAAUUUUCUCUGGACAGCUUCAGCACUAUCGAUCACUUAGCGGAGCGAUUGGAGGAAGACGGAGGAUUCAGCUUGAUAAUGGAUUAUGGGCAUCUUGGGGAUAAGACAGAUACUUUCAGGGCAUUUAAGCAUCAUCAACUGCACAAUCCAUUGGAAGAUCCUGGACAGGCUGAUCUCACUGCGGACGUGGACUUCAAGCAACUGAAAUUCGCAGCGGAAAAGACCCAGAAAGUCCUCACUUUCGGCCCAGUAACUCAAGCUGACUUCCUCCAGAGACUGGGAGGAGACGUUAGAUUACAGGUCCUUCUGGAGAACGCCAAGCCUGACCAGAAAAGAGACUUGGAAACAGGAUUCGAUCUUCUGACUCACCCAGACAAAAUGGGACAUCGAUUUAAGUUUUUCGCCAUGUUUCCCAUGGUUAUGCGAAUAAUUCUGGAAAAACUUCCCGUGUCUGGAUUUAGUAAAUGAAAAAUUUGUUUCCAUUGAACAAUAAAUAAUACUUUAAUAGC